AUGCUGGUCCUCAUUAUCUACAUCCUGACCUUCGUCGUGGGCUUCCCGGCCAACGCCUUCACCUUCUUGGCGGCCCUCAGCGUUGAGCGCUACCUUGGCGUCGUCUUCCCCCUCCAGUACAAGGACCGGAGAAGACCAGGGCGGGCGAUGGCCGCCAGCGUUGUCCUUUGGCUCUUGGCCUGUUCCCAUUGCUCCGUCGUCUUUGUGGCCCAGUACUAUGGUGGGAAGAACUGGCCUACAACCAAUAGGUCCACGGUCGUCAACUCUGAUGACUCCACAGCCAAUGGGUUCAAGCCUGGUAGCUCCGAGAUGUCCAACGCUGAUGGCUUUGACCUCAACGGCUUGACCAUCACCAGUCCUGAUGACUUUAACCUCAGCAGCUCUAAGAUCUCCAGCCCUGACGUCAUCAAUUCCAAGGUCUUCAAGACCUCCAACCCUGGUGACUCCACGGACAACAGUUUCAUCCCCCAUGGCUCCAAGACCACCGACAGCAACAUCUCCCCCCACAACAGCUCCAGGUUCUCCAACCCCAGCACCCCCAAGGCCUCCAACCCCAAAAUCUCCACCGCCAACGGUGCCAACCUCCAGGACAUCUCCCAGCCCUCCAACAUCCAUGAUUGCCCCAACACCACCACCAUCUACAAGUGCUACGAUGACUUCUCUGAAGACCAGCUGAGCUUUGUCCUCCCGCUACGCCUGGAGCUCUUCCUCGUCCUCUUCCUCCUGCCCUUCACUGUCACCGUCUUCUGCUACAUCAACUUUGUGCGGGUCCUCCUCGCCCGACCAAAUAUCCCUCUGGAAAGGAAACAACGGGCUGUGGGCUUGGCCGUGGCCACCAUGGUCAACUUUGGGGUGUGCUUCGCGCCCUACAACAUCUCGCACGUGGUGGGCUUCAUAGAGAAACGGAGUCCGGAUUGGAGGGUCUACGCUUUGCUCCUCACCAGCCUCAACGCCGCUCUCGACCCCGUCAUCUUCUACUUCUCCUCGACGGCGGUGCAGAGGGCCAUGGCUGGGGUGGUGGUGGCCGUGUGGGGCAAGUUACGGGUUGCG